ACCAUCUGACACGAGAUUUACAAACGAUCCUUCAUAACACAUAAACAUCCGGUUAGAUGGAGUCACGAUGUUUCCGCUUUGAAUUAUUAUAGAAUCCAGGAAGAUGUUGGUCUGGCUGCAAAGGGCAAUGGCUUGACAAUUUGACACUCUGAGAUGAUCCGUCAGCUCUCUGAUGAGGUACAGUCCCACCUGCGUUCUGGCGUGGCCAUCACCAGCCUCACACAAUGUGUAGAGGAGCUUAUCAUGAAUGCGCUAGAUGCUGGUGCCUCAUGCAUAGCAGUCAGAGUAGAUCUACCUUGCUUCAAGGUACAGGCAGUGGACAAUGGUCAAGGCAUAGGCAGAGACCAACUGGAGAAAGUUGGUGAGAGGUACUCCACCAGCAAGUGUCAUGAGCUUGAAGAUCUAAACAAUCUUCAGUAUUUCGGCUAUCGGGGUGAGGCUAUUGCAAGCAUGCGCGAUACAGCAGCUGUGCUGGAGAUAAACAGUCGAACCAGUAGGUCCCAUCAGACAUACUGUAAGAUGUUCCAGAAAGGUGUUGCACAGGCAGUGUCAGAGUCUGUUAUUCAUCGACCGUCCAUAGGUACCACUGUGACAGCCCACGACUUGUUCUACAGUCUACCAGUGAGGAAGAAAAACAUGAAUGAAGCUUUGGAACUAGAGAGGAUACGCUAUAGAGUUGAAGGAAUUGCUUUGAUCCACCCAUCUGUAAGCUUCAGUCUCAGAAAUGAUAUUAACGGGAACAUACUUUUACAGACACAGAAAAGUAGCAGUGUGUUAACAGCCUUUAUGCAUCUGUUUGGUACUGGGAAGUCUAAAUGUUUGAGAGAGGUAUCUCUCCAGGAGGGUUGUUUUCAAGUGGAAGGCUUUAUUGGGAAAGAAGGUCACUGCAGUAAGAGCCUGCAGUUUGUAUAUGUCAAUGGUAGACUGGUUCUGAAGACGAAAGUACACAAAAUUUUGAAUCAUACAUUGGGAAGGUCUCUUGUAUUAAAGAGAAAAGGAUCCAACUUUGAAGGGAGUAUGGGAGGAUCACAAUUGGCAGGUGCCCCGUCCUCAAGUCCACCAAAACAAGGAGAUAAGUAUGCCAUGUUUGUUAUCAAUGUGAAAUGUCCACUUGAUGCAUAUGAUAUCACCUUUGACCCAGCAAAGACAUUAGUUGAGUUCAAAGAUUGGACAGCUUUGACCGACGGCAUUGAUGAAAUGAUAAUGGAGUUCCUGAAGAAAGAGAACCUGGUUUCUGUGUCAGACCUGUCUGUAGUUUCUCCUGUCACAGUACCAGGUGAGAGCAGCCAAAGUGAUGCACUGAAGAUCCCAGACAGUGGGGAUGGGGCACCCCAGGGAGGUGAAGAUGCUGAAGGAUCGAAGUCGGGUAUAAAUCAAGCCACUGAUUCAUCAGAUCCCGAAGCCAAAGUUAAGGACUAUACAGAGAACAUUUCUACACUCAAUGCAUCUAACUGCCUCUUCUCUAAGAGAGUGAGGAGACCUCGGGAUGUUAUGGCAAUUCGAAGGAAUCAGCUUAUUCAAGACGAAAGUUUGAUAAACCAAAAGGAUGAGGACUCAGUCAAUUCUGAAAAUAUUUCAAAAUCAUCAACUGAAGUUAAUGUGAUAAAUGAGACACCUGUGUUACAUGCUCAAAACAGUAGUGAUGGGGAUAUGUCCGACAAAAAUGGCAUUUGUACAGCAAAAUCGUCUCAAACACCAGCUCAAACACCAAUUGCUGGUAAAUAUCAGAAGCCUCCUGAAAUGAACAAUUCAACUCUGUAUUCUUCUGAGUCACUCCAUGAAGCAAUAUCUAUCAAUUUACUGACCUCAACAGUCACAGACCACCAGUCAGGUGAUGGGAAGGAAGUAGCUGAUGACAACAUUUCGGAGGAACCAAUGCAGCUACCUGAAUCCAUAGCUGUGGACAUCACAGCAUCAAAUCCAUCUGACGACAGUGAAGAUCCCUUACCCAGUACCUUAAGAGCCUCUCUGACAAAGAUGAAGUCUGACACUUUGUAUAAUGUAGAAACUGAAACGAAAGCCUUUAUAUGUCUACCAGACUCUCCUCCUAGUGCUUCCACUUCUGGAAGACAGAAGUUACAGAACCUUCACCUCAUCUCACAGAAAUCAAAAUCAUCAGCAGUCGAGAUGUGCAAGAGACUUGGACUUGCAGCUCUCCGUAGCCUCAGUGAAACCAGAGCUGAUGAAGAACAUGCUGAGAAGUCUGCAGCCAAGAAGAUCAAUGAAAGACUGGUUCUAAAUGCAAGGUCUGCAGCAGGAAAGAGAAUCAUCAGUGCCAAGUUACAAAAAUUUAAGAACACUAACCUUGAGACUAGGCAGUGUUCCAACAAUCCUGGAACUUCGGGUAAUCAAACAACAGGGCUGUCAGAACCUUUAGCAAGGGAAGCUUCUUCUGAACAAAUAAGAGGAUCAGAAACUAGUAUUGUUUAUGGAGAAUCUGCUAAGAAAGAAGCAUGUCAUGAUUAUGUUCAUAGCAGCUUCACUCAGCUUAGAGAUUCAUGCAGGACAAGCAGCUUGCCAUCACAGGAUGACUUUUCUACCAUUCAUUAUGGAGAACAGAUAGCUCAUCAACAAACAUUUGUUACCAAUGUACCUUCAUCUUCUACAGUCCAGGACAUAGCAGUGGUGUCAACAUCUGCCAUUCAAAUCCAACAACAACCAUCACUAUCCAGAGCAGCUGCAGAACAAUAUGUCAGUGAAAGGAGUCCCGUUGUGCCCACUCUUGAUGACAUUGAGCAUCUCACUUCAACAUCAGAACAUUCAGACAGGAAAAGAUUUAAUCCAUUUGCUUUAUCAACUGCAGCAAAGCUAUCAAAGUUAGCCAAAAGGAGUUGUGUUGAUGAUUCUUGUGUGAAAACAUGCAGUAGAGAGUUCCUGUCAUCUUCAUCCUUUGUUGAGACACCUGCAUCAGUUUUCAAAGAUGUAGAGAACGUCAUCUCUGACAAAAAUGAGAACAAGGUGGAAACUCUGGUUGAUACAGCAGUUCCUGAUCCGUUAGAACUACCAACAGCUCCUACUGAUUUUGAGGCUGACGGAAAUAACCCUGUCACAUCAAGCAGUGAGAAGUCAUUACAGGGUUCUGAUUUAAACCAGAAUGUAACAUGUGAAAGAGGUAGAACUGGAAGAACUUUACUGCCAUUCACGUCAUACUCCGACAGAGUUUGUGACCGAGUUGACGACAGUACAAUGCCAGAUUAUUUAGAUUUAUCGGAAACAGAGAGUGUAGACUCGGUAAUUCUGCCACAUGUGGACAUUUGUUCACCUGAAGUGUCUGAUCAAGAGGGUGGCUCUCCUCCAGCUUACUGCACACAGAGCUUCCAGCCAACUGGUCUAUCUUCACAAGGCUUUACAAUGGAUGUGAAAGCAUACGAUGAGGAUUGUCAAAGUGGGGGAUUCUCACCCAAUGUUGAUAGAGUUACACCCAUGACAGGAUCACCCUCUAGCCCAGCUGGGAAAGUAGAUUAUGUCUACGAAACACUGCCUGGUUUGACUGGUGAUGGUUCUGUUAUUGGUGAAGAAGAGGAAGAUGUUGCUGACCCAGACUUGCCUGAUUCAUCCUUUUCUGUUCUCCUUCCGUCUGGUACUUCAUGCUGGAAUAAGGAGGAGAAGAGUGGAGAUUCUGAAAGUGAGAUGACUCUUGCUGACUCGUGUUCAAUCACCACUUCAAAGCCAUCGUAUAUCUCUAUGAAGAAGGAAGAUGAUUUUGCAUCAGACUCACCUUUGAUUUCUCUGCCUCAUUCUACAUUUGAGGAUUGUCCGGAUUUUAACUCCUUAACAUGUGGUCAGCGCAGUCCCCAACAGGCAGAUUCAACCAAAUUGACCAGUACAGAUGAUUCCUUCCCCUUGAGAAAAUUGCUGCCGGGAGACUCACAGGAUAAUGAAAUUCAGGUUUAUGGCAGAGGUUAUAGUGAUGAUGUAAGUGAGACCAUGCCUGACAGGGCACAAAGCACCCAUCAACAGACUAAGUCUUCUGCGGAUAAUUCAUGCAUAGGUGUGCCUAUGGAAGUCACACCUACAGAAGCUGUGUUAGAAAAUUUGAAUGAAAUAGAUGAAAAUCUUGCAAAAGAAUUUGACAAUGAAAUGACAGAAAAUUUUGUUGAUUCAAGGGAGAUAACUCUGGAUGAUAUUCAUACUAAGUCUUGUUCAUCAAAUCAUGGUUCAAGCCAGUGUGAUGGGGAACAAGCCUGUGACUCCAGCUGUGGACCAGUGUCUGAUGUGAACAUUGGAAAUAGGGACCUUGGAUCUAGUUGUUUCAUCACUGGAGACACAGAUGAUCAGCCAUCUUGCAGCUCAACGGGGACACACAUCCAGACAGUGACAAAACCGACAUGGUCAGAUGUGGAGGAUCCCAAGACAGGCAAGAAGAUCUAUGUGAACAGUCUUACUGGGAACACAAUGUUUGAGGACCAGUGGAAACAGUGCGGAUAUGAAAAUGAUGGAGAUACUGACGAAGGAUCAGGCACCUUGAUUGUGAAAGAUGACCCUGUACCCCUGUCACCAUCUGGCAGACAGAAACUGCAGAACCUCUUGGAAUGCCAUCUGGUGGCAGAAUCCAGUGAUGACCAGAUCAAGUGGAGACAACCCCCAUCAGCUGGAAAGGACCAGGUGGAAGAAGAUGAGGCACAUUCAUUAGAGGAUCUAUUUUCUUCCUGGAAUAACCCUGUGUUGGAAAUUCCACUGAAGUCAUGUGUCAGUGCGGAGGUGUCACACACAAGUAAAGCAGCCACGAGGUCCUUCAAGUCUCUCUACCCCACCAAGUUCACUAAGGCCAUGCUGAAGAGCUUCCAGGUCCUGGGCCAAGUUGACAACAAGUUUAUUGCCUGCGUUCUCCAGACUGAGGAACUGAAUUCUUCGAAAGCUCCUGAUCUUAUUGUGUUGUUUGACCAACAUGCAGCACAUGAGAGAGUACGUCUUGAACAGUUGACAGAAGAUAUCUAUGUAAACAGUGAUGACGUGACUGACUGCUCAAUCAAAUCCAGCCAGGUCUCACCUCCUAGGACCUUGACCUUUACGGAGGAGAAUGUCCGCCUGAUAAAAUCUUUCAGGGAUGAAUUCAAGAGGAUAGGUGUGACGUUCACCAUCAACGGCUCAUCCCGAGAUUCACUCAACAUCCACUCCAUCCCUGCAUGUCUGGUUGAGAGAGAGGCAAACGAAGUGCGCAGAGGCAGGGAAUCGGUUGUCAUGGACAUUGUAGAGAUCUUAAUCAAAGACCAUCUUGAGGUGCUGAAGAUGAUGAGAGGAGCCAGAAGUCGACUGCCACAAACCAUUCACAAGGUGCUGUGCUCUCAGGCCUGUCAUGGGGCUAUUAAGUUUGGAGACAGCUUGACUUUGUCCCAGUGUAGAGAGCUUCUAGAGUCGCUGGCAGAGUGCAACCUUCCGUUCCAGUGUGCGCACGGUCGGCCAUCUGUCAUGCCUUUGCUCAGCCUACAGCAGCUUCAUGCUAAAGUUCCACCAGAGAAAACCAAACGUCCAAGCUUGUGGAAAAUAUCCAGGCAUCUCUCCAUCCAUCAAUGAACUUAUGAAAACUUGAUUAUUUGAUAUUAAUUUUAUCUUGCAAAAAUAAGUUUGCUGCAAUCAAUCUGUGAUAACUAUUUUGAGCAUUUACUUUUACCUUUGUUCAGUGUUAGUGAUUUGAUUUUUUCAUUCACGUCAACGGAAUCUAACGACGGCCUGAUGAUUACUAGAACUCUGUGAUAAGCUGUUGAAAAUGCAUUAUGAUUUUUAUGAAUGCACUUCUCAUUAAAGAAACUAUACACAGGGAA